GACAGCUACGUUUCGGUGCCUAUAGAAUUCAUAAACGGAAAAAAAUGCGAUGUUCUUUAUGCUCCUUCUAAUCCCUUGAGUUCGUUUCCUCCAAUAUUGGUGGAGGUGCAAAAUAAGGUCGAUGGAAAGUUUUUGACACGCGCCAUUCAGUACUGUACCCUCACAUUUGAACGCUACAACUGA